AUGACAAAGAGGACUAUCACUUCUUAUUUUCUUCCACAAAAAAAGGGCAGGGGUGAUGAAGAUAUACCUGUUGUUGAGCCAAAUCAGCCAAUUAUCAUUGAUAAUGAAGAAGUCGAACGUAAUAUUAAUAAUGACAAUGUUGAUGAGCAAAUGCCUAAUGAAGAAGGUAUUGGUCUUGAUUUUUUAAUGCGUGAUCCUGGGUUGCGUAAGCAAAUUGAGACAUAUGAUUCAGAUGAAAAAGAUUUGAUUAGGAGAUCUUACAUUGAUUUUGGGCCAUAUCAACCUAAACUUGAUAAUUAUCCAUACUCUGGUUCCGAAAAACACCCACGUAGGUUCCAAAAAAGUUGGUUUGUGAAGUUUCCUUGGUUAGAGUAUUCUCCCACAAUGGAUGCUGCUUAUUGUUUCUAUUGCUUUCUUUUUGCUAAAAAGCCUCUUGGAAGAUGUGGUUCGGAUACAUUCACAGUGAAGGGCUUUAAAAAUUGGAAGAAAGUAAAUAAUGGGAAGGAUGGUGCAUUUUUGUGUCACAUGGGGAAAGAUUCCAAUUCUGCUCAUAACUUUUCAACAAAGUGUUAUUUUAAUCUCAAAAAUCAAUCCGCUCACAUUGAGAAAUUAGUAGAGAAAGUAACUGCAGAGGAGAUUGUCAAGAAUCGUUUACGCCUUAAGACAUCAAUAGAUGCUGUUAAAUGGUUAACUUUCCAAGCUUGUGCAUUUAGAGGGCAUGAUGAACGUUCUAGUUCAAUUAAUCAAGGGAACUUCUUGGAGAUGCUAAAACUUUUAGCAUCAUAUAAUAAAGAUGUUGAUUCGGUUAUUUUGGAUAAUGCCCCAAAGAAUGCCAAAUACACUUCUCCACUAAUCCAAAAGGAGAUUCUACAUGUUUAUGCAAGAAAAGUGCAAAAUAGUAUACGUGAGGAAAUUGGUGAUGCAAAGUUUUGUUUGAUUGUUGAUGAGUCUAGGGACAUUUCUAAGAAAGAACAAAUGGCAUUAGUAGUGAGAUAUGUUGAUAGAAGUGGAUUGGUAAGAGAGCGAUUUUUGGAUUUGGUCCAUGUCAAAGACACUACAUCAAAAACAUUAAAAAGGGAAAUUUGUGCUGUCUUGUCUCAUCAUAACCUUAACCUUCAAAAUAUUAGAGGUCAAGGGUAUGACGGUGCAAGUAAUAUGCGUGGAGAGUGGAAUGGGUUACAAGCUUUAUUAUGA